GUUAAGCAACCCCCGGUUUGCUUUCAUGGCCGCUCUGUCCAGUUCUCACAGUCGAGCAGAGCUACUCUCUCUGAGUCUGAGCCAAUUGUUGAAGCACAGAGGCUCCACAGACCUAAACCUCCUUCCCUCAUCUCUCAGGUUCUUCUCCACUCAGAAAAUCAGGGGAAAACAUGGUGUUGAGAAUGAUGAAGAUAGUGAUGGUGGGGAAGAACUGGACGGGAGGAAAUUUAAACCAAAGAGAUCAUCUACAAAAACCAAGAGAGCUAAAUCCAUGGCGCGACUCAUCAAUACCAAGCCUUGGUCGCGUGACCUCGAGUCCUCUCUCGCUUCUCUCGCCCCCUCUCCAUCCAAGACCACCGUAGUCCAGACCCUCCACUUCAUUAAUUCCCUUCCGAAAGCUAUGCAAUUUUUUGACUGGGUGCAGAAAAUUGGGUUCACUCACGAUCAGCAGUCCUAUUUCUUCAUGCUAGAAAUCUUGGGUCGAGCUCGGAAUCUCAAUGUGGCGCGUAAUUUCUUGAAUUCAAUUGAGAGGAGGUCUAAUGGUGUGGUGAAACUGGAAGACAAGUUUUUUAAUAGCUUGAUUAGGAGUUACGGUCGAGCUGGUCUUUUUCAAGAAGCUUGUAAGGUUUUUGAGAUGAUGAAGGCCAUAGGUGUUUCGCCCUCUGUUUUCUCUUUUAAUAGUCUUUUGUUGAUUUUGCUUAAAAGGGGUAGGACUAACAUGGCCAAGAGUCUGUUUGAUGAAAUGCUCAAAACGUAUGGGGUUACCCCGGAUACAUAUACUUUCAAUAUUUUGAUUAGAGGGUUUUGCAAGAACUCAAUGGUUGAGGAAGGGUUUCGGUUUUUUAAGGAGAUGAGGAAAUUCAAUUGUGAUGCUGAUGUCAUUACCUACAAUACACUUGUCGAUGGAAUGUGCAGGGCUGGGAAGGUUAGGAUUGCUCAUAAUUUGGUGAAGGGUAUGGAUAAGAGAGAUGUGGAUUUGAGUCCUAAUGUUGUUACGUACACAACUUUGAUUAGAGGGUAUUGUAUGAAACAAGAGAUUGAUGCGGCUUUGGAUGUUUUCCGGGAGAUGGUUGAUCGAGGGCUCAAACCGAAUGAAAUUACAUAUAAUACUCUUGUUAAGGGGCUCUCUGAAGUGCAGGAAAUUGACAAGUUAAAAGAGUUAUUGGCAGGAAAGAUAGGUGGGGGAGUAUUUACUCCUGAUACUUGUACAUUCAACACAUUGAUGGAUGCACAAUGCAAUGCUGGAAACCUGAAUGAGGCCUUGAAGAUUUUUGAGAAGAUGUUGGAAUUGCAUGUCCAACCAGACUCAGCUUCAUAUAGUGCUUUGAUUCGCAAUUUGUGCCAGAAAGGGGAUUUUGAGAGAGCAGAGGAGUUGUUUGACGAACUAUCAGAAAAGGAGAUCUUGUUAAGGGAUCUAAGGUGUAGGCCUCUUGUCGCAGCAUUUAACCCCAUGUUUGAGUAUUUGUGUAGAAAUGGAAAAACCAUGAAGGCUGAGAAAGUGUUUAGGCAGCUGAUGAAAAGUGGAAAGCAAGAUCCUCCUUCUUACAAAACUCUGAUCAUGGGGCACUGUAGGGAAGCUACAUUCCAGGCUGGGUAUGAUCUCUUGGUCUUGAUGUUGAGGAGAGAUUUUGUGCCUGAUUAUGAGACCUAUCAAUCACUUAUUGAUGGCCUCUUGCAGAAAGGUGAACCCAUUCUUGCCUACCGGGCCCUAGAGUCAAUGCUGAAGAGCUGCCAUCUCCCUGCAACAUUUACAUUCCAUUCUGUACUUGCUGAACUUUUGAAGAGAAGUUGUGCCUCUGAAUCUGCUAGCUCUAUUUUGUUGAUGUUAGAGACACGUAUCAGACAAAACAUCUAUCUCUCGACACAAACUGUAAGAUUACUCUUUAGUUGUGGAAAGCGAGAUAAAGCAUACCAGAUUGUUGGGCUGCUCUAUGAUAAUGGUUUCAUGGUUGAGAUGGGGGAAUUGAUUGAUUUUCUUUUUCUGAGUAAAAGACUGUUUGAUGCAUAUAAAAUGUUGCUGUUUAGUCUGGAGAAGCAUCAAACUACUGAUGUUAAGAUGUGCAGCACAGUCAUAGAAGGCCUUUGUAAGAGCAAAAGACUUUGUGAAGCAUUUGCUUUGUACUAUGAAUUAGUGGAGAAGGGCAUUCAUCAACAACUAAGCUGCAUAGAAGAGUUGAGAAUUGCCUUACAUGCUGGGGGGAAAUUUGAGGAAGCCAACUUUGUAUCAAAGAGGUUGCAAACACACUGGCUGUCUGAUAACUCUGAACAAAUCAGCUCUGAGAUCCAUAGACAUCAAAGCAUGUACAAGCCUAAAGUAUGUAGACACAGGAAGGGAGUCUCAGAUGAGCGUUUCCUUAUCAGAUCAGGAGUCUCUUCGUUAGUUGCUCUCGUGUGCCUUCUUCAAUAUGUCGUACUUCAUUUCUUAGACAAUUCUGUAUUCAGUAACAUUUUAAUGCUUCAUGCAGUGGGUUUGGGGAUGCUGGAUGAUUUUUAUUAUGAGAUUCCAUUUGAAUGCAUGCGUUUGGUACUCGGUAUUAAGACAGAUUCAGUUGCACUUGCCCAAGAGAAUGGUUGGGGCAAAACCUUAGAUACCCUUUCUUCUUUGACACCAACCUCUCUCCAAGACCUUGCUAACCUUUCAUUUAUAUGCCCCUUUGUCAAAAGUCCUACAAUAUCUUCUGCAUAUUUUCCAAGUUCUUUGUUGUUAAACCUCCUGAAGAUGUUGAGAACUGACAAUAAUGGUGUCUCUAAGCACUAUCCUGUUCACAUAAGGCGCACUCCAACACCAGGCAAGGCAACAGUGCUUGCACUAGGCAAGGCCUUCCCCAAGCAGCUGAUUCCUCAAGAUUGCUUGGUGGAGGGUUACAUUCACGACACAAAAUGUGAAGAUGCAUCUAUUAAGGAGAAGCUGGAGCGAUUGUGUAAAAUUACAACUGUGAAGACAAGAUACACAGUCAUGUCCAAGGAUAUCCUAGACAAAUACCCUGAACUAGCAACUGAGGGCUCGCCAACAAUCAAGCAGAGGCUGGAAAUAGCUAACCCUGCAGUUGUGGAGAUGGCCUUAGAAGCAAGCAUUGCUUGCAUCAAGGAAUGGGGAAGGCCUGUAGAAGAUAUAACUCACAUUGUCUAUGUUUCAUCCAGCGAGAUACGCUUGCCUGGUGGUGACCUUUACCUUGCUAGCCAGCUUGGUCUGAGGAGUGACGUUGGCCGUGUAAUGCUAUACUUUCUUGGCUGUUAUGGCGGUGUUACUGGCCUCAGAGUUGCCAAGGACAUAGCAGAAAACAACCCAGGAAGCCGAGUUCUGUUAACAACUUCAGAAACGACCAUACUUGGUUACCGGCCCCCAAACAAGGCACGCCCCUAUGAUCUUGUAGGUGCUGCACUUUUUGGUGAUGGAGCUGCAGCUGCUAUAAUUGGUACCAACCCAUUAACAAGAACAGAGUCUCCCUUCAUGGAACUGCACUAUGCAGUUCAACAAUUUCUUCCAGGGACACAGAAUGUCAUCGAUGGGCGCCUCUCUGAAGAGGGCAUACAUUUCAAGCUUGGGAGAGACCUCCCACAAAAGAUCGAUGAGAACAUCGAGGACUUCUGCAAAAAACUCAUGUCAAAGGCAGGUUUGAAAGAAUUCAAUGACCUGUUUUGGGCUGUCCAUCCUGGAGGACCGGCUAUACUGAACCGGCUAGAGAUCACUCUUGAGUUGAACGCUCAGAAGCUUGAAUGCAGCAGAAGAGCUCUCAUGGACUAUGGAAAUGUUAGCAGUAACACAAUUUUCUAUGUAAUGGAUUACAUGAGGGAAAAGUUGAAGAGAGAUGGAAGUGAAGAAUGGGGACUUGCUUUAGCAUUUGGUCCUGGAAUUACCUUUGAAGGCAUUCUUGUUCGUAGCCUAUAAAUGUACUUGCUGGGGGCAACAAAAUUGUUUUUUAUGCUGCAUUUGAAUUUAAAAUCAAGUAGUUUUUUCUUACUGAAACUGUGAAAAUUGAAAAUUUACUGUUGUACUGGAAAUGUAUGAACUUUUACGGGUAUAAAAUUUUCAAUGCAUCCAUGACAA